AGGUUAUUAUGAAAUUAGAACCGCUACUAUUGCAAGUCGUGUACUUAUCUUAUAUUGGCAUUCUGUUUUAGUUAAUUGGCUUUAGAGAAAAUCAAGGUUUCAGUUCUUAACUCCUGUAGAUAGAGAGACAGGACGCUUUUAGUCUGAAGAAAGAAAACGCCGACUGGAACUCUUCUUGUUCUCGAUAACGGAACACAGACAGACACGGAGAGAAAUUACCAAGCCACUGUGAAGUUGACAUUAAGAACAGGCUAGCCUUCUUAACGUAGGCCUUCAUGGUCAACUGGAGCGGGGAAAUGUGAGCUACAUGCAGCACUCGACUGCUGCCAGACUGCCGAGAACACGGACGUGUUUGUGAUAUUAUUGGACCAAAGAUUACAGUGUGGUAGCAACUAGCCAUAGGCUAACAUUAUGGUGAAUAAUGGAAAGCCAGUACAGUGGUGCGGUUUAAAGGCUCAGUUUAAAAUGGGACGGGCGAGCGUUGAGGAUGGGGCUGCCUAUUCUGACGGGGAUGAUGUUUAGCUCCGUGAGUUAGCAUUUCCUAGCAGAGAUAUGUAUCGGAGGUGGGAAGAGUGUUUUCCUCAUCAGGUAGGAGAUGCUGGAUGCUCACACGUCAGCACCUCCCCAGACAGACAACGGUAGCAUUCAUACGUUAAGUUGGUUCACCGCAGAGCUCCACUCUCCGUAGGGGAACGUGAAGCAGCAAUGGCUGUGAAAUCAAGGAGACCGUGGAGCACCGUGCUUUUCGGCGUCUUUCUCGGCUUCACCGCGUCCUCUUGGCUCUUUAUACCUCAGGUUCUGGAAAGUAAAGGGAAAAAGUCUCCCGUGUGUUUGUACAACAGUGCCGCCUCCGUCGGUAAAGGUCCCGCCGUCCUCGGGAACACCGCGGUUACUAAAGACCGGGUGUUGAGCCAGGAGGACGGGGUAUUCAGUCCGGGGAACAGGAGCGGAGAUACCGGGGAACCCGUAAGCAGACCAACGCAUUUCCUCUAUGUCGGCGUGAUGACCGCGAAGAAAUAUGUGCGGUCUCGCGCCGUGGCUGCGUACCAGACCUGGGCGAGCUCCAUACCCGGGAAGGUGGAGUUCUUCUCGAGCGCGGGGACCGGCAGCGUCCUCGUGCCCGUCCCCGUCCCGGUGGUGUCUCUGGCAGGUGUGGACGACUCGUACCCGCCACAGAAGAAGUCCUUCAUGAUGCUGAAGUACAUCCACGACCACUACCUGGAUAAGUACGAGUGGUUCAUGCGGGCAGAUGAUGAUGUUUAUAUAAGAGGUGAGAAGCUGGAGUUGUUCCUGCGCUCGCUGAACAGCAGCAAGCCUCUUUACCUGGGCCAGACAGGCCUGGGCAUGGCCGAGGAGCUGGGCCGGCUGGCCCUGGAGCCCGGAGAGAACUUCUGCAUGGGAGGCCCGGGGAUGAUCUUCAGCAGAGAGGUUCUACGCAGGAUGGUUCCUCAUAUCAACACCUGUCUCAGGGAGAUGUACACCACCCAUGAGGAUGUGGAAGUGGGCCGCUGCGUGCGGCGCUUUGGAGGAACACAGUGCGUGUGGUCAUAUGAGAUGCAGCAGCUCUUCUAUGAGAACUAUGAACACAACAAGAAGGGUUUCAUUGAAGAACUUCACAGCAGCAAGAUCCACAACGCCAUUACGCUUCACCCCAACAAAAAGCCUGCCUACCAGUACCGGCUGCACAGCUUCAUGCUGGGCCGCGAGAUCUCCAGGCUCUGUUACCGCAGCAUCCUGCUCCACCGCCAAGGCCUGAUGAUGAGUUCCCUUAGCGAUACAGAGGUACAGUGGGAGGACCAACAGCUGGGGUCCCCACCUUCCUACAUGCGCUAUAAGCCCAGUGAGAGACAGGAUGUCAUUGAAUGGGAUUUCCUGACUGGCCGCCAUGUUUAUUCUGCUGCUGAGAACAAGGUAGCACGGCAAAACCUCGGGAACUCGCUUCGGACCGCGCUAGAAGGCAUUAUACUCCAGGUCAUGGAAAUGAUUAACGAGAAUUCGAAAACCCGUGGCCGUGUCAUUGACUUUAAAGAGAUCCAGUAUGGCUACUACAGGGUGGAUCCAAUGCAUGGCGCCGAAUACAUCAUAGACUUACUGCUUCUGUACAAGAAACACAAGGGACGCAAAAUAACAGUGCCUGUGAGGCGCCAUGCUUACCUUCAGCAGUCCUUUAGCCGACCCUUCUUUACUGAAACCGACGAGCUGGACGUGGCUGAGCUCGUGGCUGCCAUCAACUCUGAAUCCCAAUCCCUGUCUUUCCUGUCCAACUCUCUGAAGUUCUUGUCGCCUUUCCAGGUCCACGAAUCAAACCGGGACCUGUGGGAGCAAAGCCAGAGGAAGAUCAACAUCCUUGUCCCGUUAUCGGGUCGCUAUGACACCUUUGUCCGCUUCAUGGAGAACUUUGAGAAAGUGUGUUUGAUACCCAAACAAAACGUUAAGCUCUCCAUCGUUCUGGUGGACAACGAGAGCAAUCAGAGCAGAGGAAGACACAUCCAGUUAGUCAAAGACUUCUACAGGAGGUAUCCCAAAGCUGACCUGUCCAUAAUCCCCAUGACAGGCAACUUUUCCCGAGGGCUGGCUCUUGAGCUGGCCUCCUCACAGCUCCAUAAUGACUCUCUACUCUUCUUCUGCGAUGUUGAUCUUAUCUUUAGUGGCGAUGCCUUGCAGCGCUGCAGAGACAAUGCUGUCCAAGGGAGACAAGUCUAUUUCCCUGUUGUCUUUAGUCAGUACAACCCCAAGAUAGUGUAUUCAGAGAAGGCCCCGAGAGAAAACAAGUUUGUGCUGACCAAGAAAAGUGGUUUCUGGCGAGAUUAUGGAUUUGGAAUCGCCUGUGUUUUCAAGAGUGAUUUACUCAAAGCUGGAGGGUUUGACACCUCGAUCUUAGGCUGGGGACUGGAAGACGUGGACCUGUUCACAAAAGUGAUUAAUUCAGGUUUAAAAGUGUUGCGCAGCCAAGAACCGGGGAUUGUCCACAUUUAUCAUCCCGUCCACUGCAACACAAGCCUGGAGCAGAAGCAACACAAGAUGUGCCUUGGCUCAAGAGCAAGUACGUUCGCAUCGACGAUGCAGUUAGCAGAGCUGUGGCUGGAGAAACACAUAGAGACCGGGUACAACAGGACUUCAUCCUGACAAUCCAGCCCUCCUGGACUCCUCCGUACAAGUUGACCUCAGUUCUGCUUGAAUGCAGACAGCGUGGUGGGUUGUAGUGGGACUGUGGAUCAGAGGUCUUUGCAGGCUGGAAGAUUUGACCCAGAAAGGACCCGGGACUCCAGUACGGAGAUGGAUAUAACUAGGGCUGCACGAUAAGAUAUAUCUAAAUAUCUAAUUGCGAUUAUUUUUGACUGAUUUUGCGAUAUGAUUCACGAUAUUGAAGGGAAUGAUCAUGUUGGUAUCAUUAUUCAGCCACUCCAGAAAAACACAGAGCAUAAUUUAAUGCAUAAUCAGCCAAAGUCUGCAUAAUUAUCCGGGGGCUGCAUUUUUCUCCAAUACACCUCAUAAAUUGCAGAUUUCUGCGCAAAAUAAUGCAGGGCUUGCAUGAUUUCAUUAUCCCCACAUUUUCAUUGCAAAAAAGUCACAAAUAUCUUAGCAGGAAGUUGAAAAAUGUUGAGUUUACUUCACUCAAGGCAACCAUAUUCCAUUGCGUUUUUUAAGAAAAAGUGCCACAUAAUCAAGGAUUGCUCACAACAAUCACAAAAAACUCAGCAUUUUUCUGGAAGGACUGAUUAUUCUCAUUUUCAUUGACUAAUAUUAAAUCCUAAAAAUUAACAUGAUUAUAGUGUGAUUUCUGCGAGGAUCUGUACCAGAAAAGAGUUUUUUUGGAGUCUGUAUGGAUAGGAUUUGUAAUAAUUUUCAUUCAGAUUGGUUUGACACAUAUUGUGUCUUUAACAAAUAUUGCACUAGUCCAUAUUGCGUUUUCGAUCAAAUGUGAUUAAUUGUGCAGCCCUAGAUAUAACCAAUGACGACCACACGCGACCCAGUUCCAAACUGAGCUGGUGGACCUAACCUCAAUGGGAUCCAGAGGAAGUAGUCCACAACAGAACCGAGUUUAGGCUUGCUGCACCCAAUUUGAUGAAAGCCAGUGUAGAAACAACAAGCGUGUGCUACCUGAUCCAGGUCCUCAGCAGCUGGGAAACAUUGCUUGUACACAAAUUUGCGUGGUACAUUGCACAUGUACAGUUCACUUUAGCAUUAGUGAAUUUUGAUUUCUUUUUUUCUGUGGAAAUGAUGCAAAUAUAGAGCUUUGGGACUUUAUUGCAGUUCCUUAGGGUUCGGGUCAGGGGUAACGAACUCUCAACAUUUUUUUUAACAUGUAUAAAUGAUUUUGGAUUGAGCAGUCCCAAGGUUGGGACUCUUUUUUUUUUUUUUUUUUUACAUGACCCAAAGAACACACAUGACGUGUGAUAAAAAGGAAAAAAUGAUAUACUGUAUCUGUAUAUAUUUAUAUAAAUAUAUUCUAGUCGACUCAUAAGAAUGUUGAAGUGUUGCAGGUUUCAGUAUGCCCCAGAAUCACCACGGAGCACCACUGAAAUGACUACUCUGUUCCUCUGCUCUUCAUGGAAUGGGGAUAGCUGCUGUGCCCUGAGCAGCAUUAUCUGCUGCGGUACACAGUCUCUACGUGUUUGCGUUUCUGUGUCCUCGCUGUCCCAGAGAACCUUGAGACAUUCCCUCCUGCAGACCUGUAGCCGGGGCUGUGUGCUCACUGUCUGCCUAGGUGAUCCUGUCGUGCUACUGGGUUCAUAUUAUUUAGCAUGUUGUUCAGCAAUUUCUCUCAUUUCCACUCCCAAGUCUAGUUAUUUUCUCCUGGACCUAUGGCACACGUUAGUUUGUAGAUCACUGCUCACCACAAUGUUUACAGUUCCCAGUAGUUACCAGUAUUAUGGCAUGUGCAUGUAGGCACAUGCCAUAAUACUGGCUUGGGAAUGCAUUCCUGAAUCUAAUUUGACCUGGUUCAAGGUUGAGCGGUUUAGACGGGCCAGACCCCCGGAGCAUAACGGACAUUUAGAUGUCUAGGUUUAUAACUGGGAUGAAGAUAGUUGGAGGGUCAUCUGUUUUUUUUUUUAAUGGCUAUAUUUCAGUUUGUAGUUUGAACCCUCACAUUUAUUAAAAAAAAUGUUUUCAAUAAAAUGUUUGAUCCACGUUUUUUGUUUUUUUUAGAUAAUUUGUUGGGCGUUUUCCACCUUUUAUUUUGAUAGGACAGCAGAAGACUUGAGAGGGGGAUGACCUGCUGCAAAGGGUCAGAGUCGAACCAGGAUCCGCUGCGGCGAGGAAUAAACCUCUAUAUAUGGGCGCCCGCUCUACCAACGGAGCUAUCCCGGCGCCCGGGCCAGGUUUCACUGCGGACAUGGAAUCACCACGACUAGUGGUUCCUGGGAAACCACUCCCCAGACUGAAGCAUAUGACUCCACAAAUGAGCUUAGCAGGUCAUGUGCAGUCCAUCGUACUUCGAGGUGUGUGGGAUUAUUCUUUGAGUGAGUCAGUUAUGUUGAUGGGGUGGUGCCAACCCACUUUUCUAAGUCAAAUCAUCUUA